UAGCUGUCAGUUUCAGAACUCGCGAGUACUCUUCCUAGAGACGAUCUGCAGUUUAAAGUCCUUCUCUAUGGCAUGGCAAGAUUGUAAACAGUGUGAGUUACUGUCUAGAUGCCUCACUUUUCUUAUAAUAAGUGGCAGGUUAGCCGAUGCGACUCUGUAGCAUAGAGAAUCACUUUGUACUUUCGAUGUUCUUGUUUGAUCGAGAAUGGUCAAAAAAGUUGUACUGCACUACUUCAGUAUGUAGCUGAAUGUAUGUCUGUUAAUUCAAGGACAACAUUUGUGUAUGUACAAUUCGUCAGGAUUUUGUCAUCCCGAGAAAGGUAGCUAACGGUUGAAAAUGGAUAAUGCCGUGCAGGUGCUUGUUAAUGUACUGGAAACGUACAGAGGCAGGGAUCGUUUGGUAUUCUUACCUUUUAGCUCCUGGCUGUGGCUAAACCGUCCUUGGAGCAGCUCCCUCACCAAGUUAAAAAUAUAAAAUAAAUUACUAAUAUGCAGUUGACGUAUUAAUCGAGGGCACGGAUACAGGUAAGAACUUUGUGUUAUGGUUGCCAGAUGGUUGGGGGACUCUUGAUUCAGAAGGGGGAUCAGAAGGCAGAGAUUGGGAAAAGUUUCUUGGAGAUUUCCUCACAGCUGAGCCACUGUAGAACUGUCCUGCGACUGUUCGAUGACCUCUCAAUGUUUGCCUACUCCAAGCAAUAUGGUCUGGGCGCACAGGAAGAAGACCAUGCCAUGAGGUGUCUAUCCAUUCUUACUAAUGUCGCUGAUCAGUUGUACUAUCCAUGUGAGCACAUUGCCUGGGCUGCCGAUGCACAAGUUAUCCACACAAAGUCUGACAAGUGGUGGCUGUACAGCACAGCAUUGUGGGGCAUUUCACUGCUUCUAGGAAUUUUACGGUCAUUGAGAGUUUUAGUUCUUCUGAAUAGAAAAAUGAAUGACCACUGUAAAAACAAGCAGUGUGGGUAAGAGAAC